AUGGGAGGUAGUUCGACAGCCAAGGCUUCAAAGACUUCUGCUCAAACCUUGGAAUCAAGAACCAGUUCUCUUCCCCAGGUAAACGGACAGACGGAGGUAACGAAUCGAAUGUUGCUUAAGAUUAUCAAAGCCAAGCUAGACGAUGCGAAGGGUGCCUGGCUAGAAGAAUUACCAAAUGUCCUGUGGGCUUACAAAACCACGGCGAGAGCCCCAAGAGGAGAAACCCCCUUCAGGCUUACCUAUGGCACUGAAGCAAUAAUCCCGGUCGAAGUAGGGGUAACAAGCAUCAGGCGAGAGACAUUCAACAAAGAGUGCAAUGACGAUGAACUGCAACUCAACCUGGAUUGUUUGGAGGAAGUAAGAGACAAAGCUUUUAGCAAGAUGACAAAGUACUAG